CAGAAGAAAUGGAUGAUUUGCCAAAAGAUAUACAAAUUGGUCCGUUUUUGAAAAGUCGGGUCAAAGAACUGUCAGGGUUGGCCUACGUCGUCUCAUCUGAUUUAAAGCAUGGAAAGCUUGCCAGCCAACAGGUUCCGCGGCAUAUGCGACGACGGGCUGUUAGUCAUGAUGUUCGUCGUCUUCCACGAAGACUAAGAGAUAAGUAUCUGAAAGAGAAGAACCAAGGUGGUGGGAAUGUUCCUGCUAGUAAACGACCAAGCAGACGACACAGAAGACGGCCUGGUAACUUACUGAAGGAGUAUAACAGGCGUCAAAUGAAAAAAUUCUGGUUGGAAACUCAUAUUUGGCAUGCUAAAAGAUUUCAUAUAUUGGAGAAAUGGGGAUACAAGAUACCUGGAUAUCCGAACGACAAGGGAUGGCGAGCUUGUUAUAGAGGAUCUAAAUCUAGUGCUCUUGUGUUUGACGUUUCAUACCUCAACCUUAUUCAAGUUCAGGGAAAAUCAGAUGUUCUUGGUUCUACUCUUAACUCUCUAACUCAAAACAAGACUGGAAAAACCUUUGAUGCCUCCAGUGCUGGCAAAGAAGAGACUGCACUGGUUUUUACAGCUUCUGGAAAAGUCAUUGGCGAAGUUACAUACUUUUGGGUUUCUCAUUCCCAGGUAGAACAUGACAAGAAAGAAGAUAAUUCAACAAUUUGGAUUUUUGUUCAUCCCGCUUUUAUUCAACAAAUCAUGGCAGAGCUAAAACUAGCAUUCAAAGUUCUUGAUACCGAGUUUAUGAACGCAUCUGAAGAUUCGAACGAACCAUUGUUAAAGAAGUUAAAGCUUGAUCCUGAAACUUCAGAUGAGGCUAAGACUAAAGUUCUCAACCCUCCUUCUUUAUUGUCUGAAUGUUCUGAAAUCAAUGAGAAGAGUUUGAACAUGGAGAAGAGUGUGAACAUGAAGAAGAAUGUAAACCUUGAGAAGAUGUCGACCAGGAAUAUUCCAGCAAAUCGGGCUCCUUCAUAUCAUGGUUUAGAAGGAACUACUAUCACCGACUUUCAAGGGACUGUUAACAGAUUUCGACUAGUUGGUCCUAAAAGCGCGGAAAUUCUAAGAUCUGUUUGUGUGCCAGCUGAUGUGGAAAGCAGUGAACUUGUGUCAGAAAAGAAGGAUUUAACUUGGUGGAGGGAUCACUACUCGAGCGACAAGAAUAAGGUUAAUUUCAAGUCAGAGACAGAAUCCUUCAAGUCAGGAAAUAAUGCAAAUAUUGCAUUAACUGUUCGGGAUCCCCGUCUUCUGUUACCCAUUAAGAAAUGUCCAGCUAUCAAAUCUCCCUCCUCAUCUCCUACAAAGACAUCUAUUAUGACCUCUAAGCCUGCCUCCCUGGAAGCUGAAGCUGCUUCUAAAACUAUUGCAACUGAUCCUAAAGUACCUGAACCUGGAGGAGUCCCAACCAUUACACAGAAUUUAUGGCUGGAAUCUCCAUUCUUCUCCGCCUCAAUACGAGAUGCAGUAACGUUAUCCAAGUGUUCUGAUGCAGAAAUCAACAAACAUCGUAGCAAUCUUUUAAUCCCUGGUUCCAGGCUUACUUUAGGUGUUGAUGAGUCACGUGUUCCUGUUCUCAUUCUGAAACAAGAUACUGGAUACGAUCUACUUGUCCCUGCAGGUUGGGGAAUGUCCUUCUGGCAAUGUCUGGUGUUCAACGGGUGCCGAGCGGGGGGAGAUAAAGAACUACAACAGCAUACGAUUGAACAGGGUAAACCUCCUCUCCUGCAUCGGUAUCCAGACGCCCUUGCUGGCCAACAGGAGCUGGAAAACAUUGCAAAAUCCACCAAAGCUCAUCAUUUUGCUCUCCCGCCAAAUAAACGUGUCAACUUUGCCAAACUUGGCAUAGCCUCUCCGUUCCAGCCUCCAUGGACUGUUCUGGUGAAAGACUGGAGAACGGAUAACAGCCUCCAACCUAGUCAACUACCAGAGGCUGUCCAUGUACUAAGGGAUGAAGAUGUACUAAAGAGAUUACGGGUAGGAGAUGUAAAAGGUCUGGAGGUGCUGUUGGAUCAUUUGGUUGCAGUCAAAUUAAGAAUUGAAGGAAAAGGAAAACUUGGAGAGAACACAAUCAUUUGUAUUCCUUCCCCUCAGGAUUUGGAAGUUUUGGAGGGUCCAACGGAGAGGAUACAGGAGGACAGUAUGGAGAAGGAGAGGAAGGAGACGAGGGAAAACCAUCAGUUAACCAAAAAGAGAUUAAAGCGUCAAUGGAAGAAGUUAAAGGAUAAAGAGGUUUUAUUGAAGACCCAAUCAAGUGCCCUUGGAAAGCCGCUGGAUCAGGAAAGACUGAAUCUGAUUGCCUCCAACAGGAAUAUCGUCAAGCAAAUCCGCGAACAAAAGAAUGCCGAGUUUAGCGCCAGAAAUGAAGAGCUGUGGAUCGGAGAUUUCAACACAGUCCGAAACUCGUGCAAACGGGAAAUUUUCGGGUUCAUCACAGCUGCCAAUAUGUCGUACACCAUAGGAGGAUAUUUAGGCUUUGGUUUUGUCAGUCUCCGAGGUCUUCUCAAGUGGAAAGAGAUUUCCAAUUCUAAAUCUCUUGUGCUCACUCGGGAGACGUCAAGUACACAGUACAGAUUUUCUUCCCUAACUAUUUUGUGAUAUUUUCAGA